AUGGUCGUUCUGCCGCUCGUUUCCCUAGCCAUAUGUGCGCUGUGGGUGCUGUGUGUCUCGGCAACGGCAUCGCCGGAUCAGGAGGCGCUCUUCCGCUCAGAGAAGUACGCCAAGGGCUUCGAUGGUCCGUUUCCGCUGCAGCGAUAUCGUUCGGCGGAUGUGGCAGGCCCGAUUCUGAAUUAUUGGUAUCGGAGUGCGGCGUGCGAGGAUGGGCUGUAUACCAUUCUGGCGCCGCGGGGUGAUUCGGUGCGGCACUCGGGCCCGAUGAUUGUGGACCAGCAGGGGCAUUUGGUGUGGUUUAAGGACUACCGUACCACGUACAAUGCGAAUGUGCAUACUUACAACGGGGAGCGAUAUCUGACCUUUUGGGCGGGCGAUGAUUCGGUCAAAGGGCACGGAGAGGGCGUGUACUAUAUGAUCGACUCCCACUACAAGGAAGCAUACAAAAUCCGCGGCGCAAAUGGCAAGUCUGCAGAUCUGCACGAAUUCCAAAUUACCCGCGACAAUACCGCCCUCUUCGCUGUCUACGAUAUUGUUCCCGCAGAUCUUCGGGAAGCUGGCGGCUUGCGGGACGGCUGGAUCUAUGACGGCUUAUUCCAGGAAGUUGACGUCGAAACCAAUAAAUUACUGUUCCAAUGGCGCGCCUCGGAGCACUUCUCUUUCCAUGAAGUCGAGCGCGACCGCGAAGGCGAUGGCGACAGCAAAGACAACCCCUGGGACUUCUACCACAUCAACAGCAUCGACAAAGAUUGGCGCGGAAACUACCUCGUUUCGUCGCGCUACAUGAGCUCCUUAGCCUACAUCGACGGCCGAACGGGCGAUGUGAUCUGGAAACUAGGCGGAAAGCAGAACUCUUUCGAGGACCUGAAUGACGGGGCCGCAACCAACUUCAGCUGGCAGCAUCAUGCCCGAUUCCAGGUUCAAUACGACACGAACUCCACGCGGGCAAUCUCGCUUUUCGACAACUCCUCCCGCGGCCAGGGCGCGCCCGAGAACCCGAGUCGUGGGUUACUCAUUGAACUCGACGAAGAGCACAUGACUGCUGCUGUGAUACAGGAGUACUGGAAUCCGAAGCCCAUUAGCAGCCAGUCUCAAGGGUCGAUGCAGCUCCUUGAAAACGGGAAUGUGGUCCUGGGCUACGGGUACAAUGCCGCGUGGAUGGAGUUUACCGCAGAUGGGGAGCCGCUAUGCGAAGUGCAUUUCGGACCGGACUCUCAGUUUUCCCAUGGGCAGGCUCUUUCAUACCGCGUUUUCAAGCAGGCAUGGGUCGGUCUGCCUCUGACGAACCCCGCUGUCGCGUUAUCCGGCACCGAGGCGGCUGUUAGCUGGAAUGGGGCUACUGAAGUUGCGACUUGGGUUUUACAAGGGGCAUUUCCUGCCGGAGAGAAGGCAGGGAAGGAAAACGGGGAGAAUGGCUUCGUUCGACGGUUCGCGAGUACCGAAGAAGUCGAAUUCGAGUUCAUUUCGGCUGUCCCGAGAACGGGAUUCGAAACUAUCAUCCCUGUGCCUCCAGAGGCGCGGUAUAGCAAGUUGCGGAUCGUCGCGCUCGACAAGAUGGGUAGCUUCCUCGGUGCAACACAGCUACUAGGCUGGGAACCCGAGAAAAUGAGCAGCGAGACUGCAGUUUUCAGUGGCGAGGAGAAAGAGACAGAAGACAACGGCUACAGCGCGGGGACACACAUUGCAUCCCCCCUAAUGUUUGGAAUGGGAUUCUUGACUGCAGCGGUACUCGUCUUUUGUGCGUGGCUCGUGUGCAGGUUUGCCUACGGCAGCUCAUUUAAGAGCUUGUGCAAGCGCCAGCAAGGCUAUGAGAAGGACGGACAGGUGUGGCAGCCUGUGGAUUCUGGUGAGGAAUUGGAUGAAUUGGAUGACCUCCACGAUUUGGAGGCGGGAGACCGCGCGAAUGAGUCGUUACUGAAACGGCCAGGGGAAUAA